AUGAAACAAGAUUUUUUCUUGUUUGGAAUAUGCACGAAACUGGCUUGGAAUGGAAUUGUAGUGGUACUAAAAUCAAGAAAUGAAAAAAGGGGUUUGGAAGCAGUGGAAAGAUUGAAAGAGUUUGGACUAUCAGACUUUGUGGUUUUUCAUCAACUUGAUGUGACAGACCCUUCAAGUGUUACUUCCUUAUCACAUUUCAUCAAAACAAGAUUUGGAAAACUUGAUAUAUUGGUGAAUAAUGCAGGUGUUCAUGGGGGAAUAAUUAAUGCCGAGAAUUACCUUAGAAGGGUAAGGUUCCAUGAUAUAUUGUAUCAAAAUUAUGAGUUAGCCAAAGAAUGUGUUGAAACAGAUUUCUUUGGUGCAGAGAGAGUAACUAAAGUUCUUCUUUCUCUGGUCCAACUCUCCACUUCACCAAGGAUUGUCAAUAUCUCUGGUCAAAUAAGACUAUUGAAGAUAGCCCUUGAUGAUGGCAGCCUUUGUGGAGCACGACAGCGACAGAAGCCCACAACGGCCCCUCCAACGAAGUCCCUCGACCAAGUUCCUUCAACACAGAACAAACUUGAGAUCACCAACCCUCAACGCAGAAACCAACCCACGACGAAUCCUAGCCCAAGACUUCCCAAACCAGGACGCACCGUGAAGGAACCGCCAAUGCUCCAAUCUUCUAACCGAGAAAGAGAGGGAAGAAACUGA